AGCUCGGUAAUAACGGCAUUCGGAUUAAAAGUGCGGCAGUGUUAAUUUAAUAAAAUUUAUCAAACUAUUUUCUAGGUAACUAUUAUGAUGCAUAUAGAGAUCUGUGUUAGAUUGGUUGAUUUCAUAUAAAUAUCUCAGACAUAUAAAGCCAAAUGAAGUCAUGAAACUAGAAUUGCCAUACCAGUAUCGAGUAUUUUUCAAUGAUGAUCAAAUUACACGUUCACACGUUCUUUCUCUUAUACAUUGUGAUCUAUUUAAUGAAUUCACACUAUGUUUUAUCAAAUAUACCGAAUUGUCCAUUUGGAGAUACCGUCGAAUUAACUGAUGCGCAUAGACUUGACAACGGUUCUUACCGCUAUGAAGGUGUGUUGGUGCCACCGCAUUUGAUCGACCAUUACGACUACAUUGAACUGUAUAACGGAGAGCAACACGAUGUGCCGUGGCAUCUACGCGGUUGUGUGUGUCAAAUUAAAAAUUGUUUCAAACUCUGUUGCACUCCGGGGAAGGCGUUGUAUAAUACUAACCCAAUGGGUAAUUGUGAGGUAAUGAAAGGAAAACAGCGAUAUUCACCAUAUGUAAAUAUUACAUUAUCGAAUGAUAGUAAAGUUUUAAAGAAUGUACUGAAAGAAUUUGUGGUGCAAGUGGGACAGCCAUGUGAAGGGGGGUUCAUGCUAAACCCAAGUAACAUUCCAGAAGACAAAUGGCAUUUGUAUGAGAAUGGUACACUUUUGCGCGAGUACGAUAAAGCGAAACUUACCCGAAGGGAUUACUGCAUGACUGCUAUUUCAAUAAAUGAAACAUUUCAAUUACAACCAUAUAACUGUCCAAUUAUCGAAACUACAUCAUCAACUGUUAAAGUAAACACUACAGUGAUGUUGAUUUCGUUGCCAUUUCUAUUUCUAACCAUACUGACCUAUUGGGCCAUACCGGAGCUAUAUAAUAUUUUGCAUAACAAAUGCUUAAUUUGCUACCUCUUCUCGCUCGCGAUUGCGAAUACGAUGAUAAUUUCGGUUAACAUGAGAGCAGAUGGUUACAAAACCGUUACAUGUACCAUAAUUGGAUCGGUCGCAUAUUUCUUCUAUCUUGGCGCAUUCUUCUGGCUCAAUGUUAUUUGUUUCGAUAUUUGGGUAGCGUUCUGUCGAGACUUGAAAAAUUUACCACAAAAUUCGAAGUGCAAAAUUUUUUUGAAAUACUCGCUCUAUGCUUGGGGACUGCCAACUUGUAUGACAGUUGUGACCAUAGCAUUACAGUUCUCUAAUAUACCGAAUCAAUUCAAAUCCGGUAUCGGUUAUUCACAUUGCUGGCUCCAAAUUGAGGGUUGGUCAGCUAUGAUGUAUUUCCACGGUCCCUGUUUAUUGCUCAUCACCAUAAAUACAAUUAUGUUUUGUUUAAGUGUUCGCAAGAUCUAUAGCGAUCGUAAACAAUUUAGAGACAUCUCACGAAGCGCGGACAGCGCAAGAUAUUUAAAAUCACAAGAGCAUAGUGUUUGGCUAUUCUUCCGUCUCUUCGUUGUAAUGGGAGUCAGUUGGAUAUUGGAAAUGAUCGGUUAUUUACUGGGACGGGAGAAAAAUGAUUCAUUAUUUUUCAAAGUGGCAGAUGGUUUCAAUGCAUCACAAGGCUUAAUUAUAUUCUGUCUGUUUGUUAUGAAGAAAAACCUGUUGCUGCUAGUUAAAGAGAGAUUAAAAAAAACAUUCACCUGUCUAAGAUGAAAACUCAACCAACCACGCCUCCGUAAAGUUCUGUCUACAAAUACUCUCCAUAACAAGAUCUUUAGUUAAAAAAUAUAUUAUUUGAACAUAUAAAAAUAUCGUAAUAAAAAUGUGUAUAAUCAAACCAA